UAUCGUAAUACAAAUGAGGUAUAGAGAAUACUCUAUUCUCGCUAAGAAGCUUAAAUUUCUGAAAUAUCAGCUUCUGAAACCCCACUUUUGGGUGACAAAAUAAUUCAUUGGAUAUCAAGUCUACUCUUAUACCUUGUCCGUGGUAUCGUAUCGUAUAUUCUCUGUUUACAGACUAUGUUGCAGAUUUGAAAGAAAUACUUAAAUUAUAUUCGAUGCACACGGGAUAUAUUGGAUAACACAAUGGAUAUUUUAACAGCGAUACAAUUACUUUCAUUUGGUUUAAUGGUAAAUAUUGUAAAUGCCGAAUUUUCAGCAGACGAUUGUAAAAGUUUAGGCUUUAAUAAAGCCAAUUUACUCUGUUCCACAUGUGAAGAAUUUAAUAAACGUGGCUUACCGGAAAUAUGGGACAAAUGCAAAGAAUGUUGUCUAAAAGAUGACGAUUACGAUGCAUCUGGAUCAAAACGUUAUCCGCAUGCUCUUCUUGAAGUCUGCACUUGUAAAUUUGGUGCAUAUCCACAAAUUCAAGCUUUCAUAAAAAGUGAUAGACCUAGCAAAUAUAAGAACUUGCAAAUAAAAUAUGUUAGAAACUUGGAUCCAAUUAUUAAAUUAUUGGAUGCUGAUAACAAAGUUGAAGAUAUUCUUGAUAUUCACAAGUGGGAUACUGACUCUGUUGACGAGUUUCUGGCUACUCAUCUGUCUAUGGACUAACGUUACCCAUAAUAAUUCUAUGCACUGUGUUUGAUUAAAUUCUGUAUUUUAACUGUAAAUAAUAAUUUUUCUACGUAA